CCGAGGGGCGAGUAGCGGCGGCGGCGGCGGAGCAGCGUCGGAGGAAGAUGUCGGGCUGCGAGGCUCGCGACGCCAAGAAGCUGGUGCGCUCCCUCAGCGGGCUGCGUAUGGUGCCCGAGCACCGCUCCGCCCGCAGCCCCUUCGGCCUGGACGAGCCGCCCUGGGUGCCCGACAAAGAGUGCCCGAGAUGUAUGCAGUGCGAUACGAAAUUUGACUUCAUCACUAGAAAGCAUCACUGCCGAAGAUGUGGAAAGUGCUUCUGUGACAAGUGCUGCAGUAAAAAAGUGCCUCUGCCUCGCAUGUGCUUUGUGGACCCUGUGCGCCAGUGUGCUGAAUGUGCCCUCAUCUCACAGAAAGAAACAGAGUUCUAUGACAAACAGCUCAAAGUGCUCAUGAAUGGUGCGACGUUCUUUGUAACGCUGGGGACGUCGGACAAAUCGGAGCUCAUGGUCUGUCGGCUCUCCAACAAUCAGAGAUACCUGGUUUUGGAUGGAGACAGCCAUUACGAGAUUGAAAUUGUCCAAAUCUCAACUGUUCAGAUACUGACAGAGGGAUUUACUCCUGGAGAAAAAGAUAUUCACACUUACACCAGCCUUCUGGAGAGCCAGCAUAUUACUGAAGGAGGCAAUACCCGUGCCAUAGGUAUGAUUCUGCAGUAUAAAGUACCAGGAGCAGAGGAGCUCACACAGAUGAAAUUUACGGCCAGUGAAGACUUCAGCUCUAACAAGAAGCUGUCAGCAAGCUGGCUGGCAGCUAUGCACAAGGCAACAAAACUUCUUUAUGAGUCUCGGGACCAGUAAGAAAUGAGCAAACUGCUUGGGAGCAGACACCAGCCUCGGAGGACCUGCAUCUCACCUGGUGCUAGUCUGACAACUGGUUAACACUUUCUCUUGACUUUUUCUCAUUCCAGUGUGGUUCAUUAUGUAAGAACUGGCACAUACAAUGUAUUUCUGUUUUGAACCAUGAGUAUUCACUAUAGCGUGCAAUAUGUAUACAAUUAAUGCUUUAAACAGUCUCACCUUUUAAGACUUUGUAUAUUUUGUUAAACCUUUAUUGCCUUUAUUGGCACUUAAUAUGAAAUAUGAAAGUGACCUGCACUACAGCUAAUGUACAGCACAACUUUUGUAGUAACAAUUAUAUAUACUGUUUGCCACAGAAAGCAAACAAAGGUGUAUGUCUCUUCUGCAGAGAAUAGCUUUUGGGUAUAGAUCUCAGGUUUUUCCCUCUAUCCAAAUGUUUAAAAUCAAUGUACAAUAAAAUCUGCCUUAGAUGUGGCUUCAUAGAAUCCACUUGAUUUUUUUCUUAACGUAUUUCACCAAAUAUCACCAAAUUGGAAUUACAUGAUCUUGAAACUUCCCUUCUGUAAUAACAAAGCUUCCAGAAUAAUUUUUAGUUUUGUAUUUUCUUUUUGGAAACUAGCUUUUGUUAAUCUAACUGUAAUGCUGUCUGGAAUUGUAUACAUUUUACUGUACAAAUAUGAAUAAAUUAAUUCACUUAUUUAAA